AGAUCAAAGAGGCCAAGAAAGAACGAAGCCCCGAAAGAAAAAAAAAUCCCCGGGAAAAAAAACUUUUGCAAUCCCGUUUAGGGAGCAGAUGGAAAAGUGGGGACUUGUGAAGAAGGGCUGUGAGGUUGCCUAAGGAUCCGGGAGCCGAAAAGAGACCGGCUGAUUGGAAGAAAAAAGCAGAGAGAUGGAGGCGGGGGAAGUGCGAGCUCUCUGCGGGGACUGGAGCGAGUCCACGCCCGGGGCCAGCGCUGCAGAGCUGGCGUGCAUUCAACCAACGCUUCCCAGCUAAAGCAAGCCCAGGGAAGAAGAGGGGGGAAAAAGGGGAGCUUUUCUCCAAAGCCUUCUGAUCUGCAGGGUGAAAAUUGACUGAUUGACGCCACCGUGAGGGGGGGAGAGAGAGAGCUGGAAGGGGGAGACCCAGGAGGUGUCACCCUAGGGUCCGAGAGGUGGAGGAUGAACGGAGAAGCGGAUAGUCCAGCUGACUUAGAAAUGACAGCCCCCAAAAAUCAAGAUCGUUGGACCCAAGAAGACAUGCUGAUCCUGUUGGAGUGCAUGAAGAACAACCUGCCUUCCAAUGAUGGCAGCAAGUUCAAAACCACUGAAUCCCACCUGGACUGGGAAAAAGUUGCCUUCAAGGACUUCUCUGGUGAGAUGUGCAAGAUGAAAUGGAUUGAGAUCUCCAAUGAGGUGAGGAAGUUCCGAACUCUGACUGAAUUGAUUAUGGAUGCUGAGGAGCAUGUGAAAAACCCCUACAAGGGCAAAAAGCUGAAGAAGCAUCCUGAAUUCCCCAAGAAACCUUUGACCCCAUACUUCCGUUUCUUCAUGGAGAAGCGAGCAAAAUAUGCCAAGCUGCACCCAGAAAUGAGCAACCUGGAUCUCACCAAGAUACUGUCAAAAAAGUAUAAGGAGCUCCCUGAAAAGAAAAAGAUGAAGUAUAUCCAAGACUUUCAGCGAGAAAAACAAGAAUUUGAGCGAAAUUUGGCAAGAUUUAGGGAAGACCACCCAGACCUCAUUCAGAGUGCCAAGAAAUCCGAUAUUCCUGAGAAACCCAAGACUCCACAACAACUCUGGUACACCCACGAGAAGAAGAUCUACCUGAAAGUGCGUCCUGAUGCCACCACGAAGGAGGUGAAGGAGGCGUUGGGCAAGCAAUGGUCUCAGCUCUCGGACAAAAAAAGGCUGAAAUGGAUUCAUAAGGCUCUGGAGCAACGGAAGGAGUAUGAGGAAAUGAUGCGCGAUUAUAUCCAGAAGCAUCCAGAGAUGAACAUUGAAGAAGGUGCUCCUCCUCGUUCCACACUAACUAAAGCAGAACGGCAGUUGAAGGACAAGUUCGAUGGGCGACCCACCAAGCCGCCUCCGAAUAGUUACUCUCUCUACUGUGCUGAGCUGAUGGCAAACAUGAAAGAUGUUCCAAGCACAGAACGGAUGGUGCUCUGCAGUCAGCAGUGGAAGCUCCUCUCUCAGAAGGAAAAAGAUGCCUACCACAAAAAGUGUGAUCAGAGAAAGAAAGAUUAUGAAAUUGAACUCCUACGUUUCCUGGAGAGCCUACCUGAGGAAGAACAGCAGAGGGUUUUGGGAGAGGAGAAGAUGCUGGGAACAAACAAGAAAGGUGCCACCAGCCCUGCCUCUAAGAAGUCCCCGCCAGAUGCUAGCAAGGGAGGUUCUGAGAAACCCAAACGGCCCGUUUCUGCUAUGUUUAUCUUCUCGGAGGAGAAACGCAAGCAGCUGCAGGAGGAGCGACCCGAACUGUCGGAGAGUGAACUGACCCGGCUGCUGGCACGGAUGUGGAAUGAUCUUUCAGAGAAAAAAAAGGCCAAGUACAAAGCUCGUGAGGCUGCCAUGAAAGCUCAGACUGAGAAGAAGCAUGGUUCUGACAAGGAGGAUCGCGGUAAACUUCCCGAGUCACCCAAAACAGCCGAGGAGAUUUGGCAGCAAAGUGUCAUUGGAGAUUACCUUGCUCGCUUUAAGAAUGACCGGGGGAAAGCACUAAAAGCCAUGGAAGCCACCUGGAAUAACAUGGAGAAGAAGGAGAAACUGAUGUGGAUCAAGAAAGCAGCAGAGGAUCAGAAACGAUAUGAGCGAGAAUUGAGUGAGAUGAGGGCACCACCCUGUUCAACAAAUGCCUCCAAGAAGAUGAAAUUCCAGGGUGAGCCAAAGAAACCCCCCAUGAACGGCUAUCAAAAGUUCUCUCAGGAGCUGCUUUCAAAUGGUGAGCUCAACCAUCUUCCUCUGAAAGAACGUAUGGUAGAGAUUGGGAGCCGCUGGCAACGCAUCUCUCAAAACCAAAAGGACCAGUACAAGAAACUGGCUGAAGACCAGCAAAAGCAAUACAAGGUGCACCUGGAUAUGUGGCUCAAGAGUUUGUCACCACAAGAAAGAGCUGUGUACAAAGAGCAUACCUCCAAUAAACGCAAGAAUAUGGGGAAGAUGCGGGGCCCAAACCCUAAGAUUAAACCUUCAAUACAGUCCAAAUCAGAAUCAGAGGAUGACGAUGAUGAUGACGACGACGACGAUGACGACGAAGAGGAGGACGAUGAAGAUGAUGACAAUGGUGACUCCUCUGAGGAAGGAGGGGAUUCCUCAGAUUCGAGCAGUGAAGAGGAGAGUGAAGAUGGAGAUGAGAAUGAAGACGAUGAUGAUGAAGAAGAUGACGACGACGACGAUGACGACAAUGAAUCAGAGGGCAGUAGCAGUUCCUCAUCCUCCUCAGGAGACUCUUCAGAUUCGGACUCCAACUGAACCGUUCCCUUCCUCUGGCCGCCUUUCUUGCUGUACUCUAUUCGGUUUUGUUUCUCCGGAUAACAGUAACAUCCCUGGCUGGAGAGCUAGGAUGGGGAGAAAGGGGGAAGAAAGAAAUCACUGUGCUUUAAUUAUCUUCCUCUCCUCACAUGCAGCACAUAACACAUUUCACUGUGUGUGACUGCGUGUGAGAGGAGCAGGAGGGUAGAAAACAGCUGACAACCAGCGGAGGGUUUUUUUGUUUGUUUGUUUUUGUGGUGGUGGUGUGGGGAGAUAACUUUACUCGGUCUUUUUUGUUUUUUAAUUCCCCUACGUCUCUUUGGGGGAGUGUUUCCCCUUUGGGGUAGGUGGGCAGGGGUCAUUGUAAAAUCCAGACCGCUUAUAUUUUUUCCCCCUCGCAUAUCUCACCCCACCCCCACUUCUAGCCACCAGCUUGGGACUUUGUACAAAUUCUGUUUUUUAAAAUACAAAACAAACAACAUGGCAGUGAGAUACUUCUCCCCACCUUUCCCCCGCCCUUUUUUUUUUUUUUUUUUUGGUGGCAAACAGCCAAGGAGAGAUGGGUUCCAGAGAACAUGAACCAUGGAAGGUUCUGGACUUUGUCAGCGAAACCCACCUCUCCUCAAAGCGGACAAUCUUGUACAGUCUUGAAAUUUCACACCUUGACUAAAGAGAGAGAGAACAAAAUGGCCGCAGCUGCACUUAGCUAUUUCCUGUGAUGAACUGGAUAUCCAGCGUUUCCUGCUGAAGGAAAUGGGGGUGGGUGGGUGGGUAUAUUUUGUGUGAGUGCGUGGCAAAGGUCAGAGGAUAGAAGAGGAACUGAAGAACAGAGGAAUUUCUUUGCAAAGGGAUAUUGUCUGGCACGCUGUUAGAAGAGGAGAGAAUUUCAAGAGCUCCAAGGUGACUGACUUUCUUUUGCAGGAGGUGGACUUUUUCUGUCAUUUUUCUGACCAGCAUUUGGGCAAAGACAGUAGUGGCCAGACCCCUUUGGGUUGUUGUUGUUGUUAAUAUAUAUAUUUUUUUUUACAAUGAAGUGACCAAUAAUUGUACCAAAAUGGGGCAUUUUGUUGACUGUCUUUGGAAGGGGAGGUUGGUUGCAAGGGAGGGUUGGCGGGGUGGGUGGGUGCGGGGAUAAUCUGUGUCAUUAGCAUUUUUUUAAAAACAAAAUUUUAUAAACCAAGUAAGAACCAUCUUUUUUUAAAAAAAACAACCAAAUUAUCCCAUCUUUGACAACAUAGAAUACUUUGUAUAUCUCUUAUCCUCAUACAGACAAGUAGUCUAGGAGCUUGGAGGAGGGUGUGGUGAGUGUGAAAGAGACCUUCAUGUUUUCCCCAGCAUGCACAGGUUUCACUCAGUCUGUACAUGUUCGUUCAACUUUGGGCAGGAGCAUGGUGCCAAGGAGGCAGUUUCCAGAGUGCACGAGAUGUACUUUUUCUGCACACAUAAAAAAAAGCAAAUUCAAUGUUACCUUUUGCAUUUGCCCUGUAAAUGAUGCCAGAACUAGACACUGCAGAGGUCAUGUGGCUGUUGCAAAAAACAGCAGCCCUUCAGCUCCUCCUCUCAUAAUUGUACAAAAAUAACAUUGCUGCAAGUUUGCCUGCCCUCCACAAAAGGAGCAACCAGUGAAGUGCAGCAGGGGCAAGGAAAUGUGCAAUGUGGCCAUGUCAAUUAUACAAGAGAAGGAGGGUAUAUAGGGCUCCUGUUUUCAGUGGUAGCCGCAUGUGCUGUAAUACUACAUUCUGGUCUAAAAAGCUAGAUCCUUAAACAAUGCAGAUGAAAUUGGCUUAGGUGGUUAUCUCCAAAAAUUGGGACCAGUGUUCUUGCUCCCUAACAUCUAACUGGACAGAUGAAAAUUUUAGACAUUUUUUACUUCUAGUUGCAGCUGCUAAUACUCUUUUCCCCAUCUUAGUUCAUAGCCCUUUUUCUUUAAAGUUUGACAUGCACAACAGUUGUUUAUUUCUGUGUAGCCUUCAACCUUUAUCUUGGCAUUUUUUGGAAGACUGGCUGUUGCCAUAUGAUCAGUAUCCAUGCUUUAAGGCUGUGACUAUAGCCCAAAUCUAGCCUACAAAGGAUCACAAGCUGGCUUGCCAUACCCUUUCUCCUUUCCCCCCUUCCUCUCCUUCUGUCUCCCCCUCCUUUAGGACAGGGGAAGGUAGAAACUGAACAUACAACCUGCAUUUUGAUGUUUGCUGGGAGCGCGUGAUUUUCUUGAAGCCCUAUGCGGGGGGGAAGUGUGUUGUGUUUGCUAGGAAAUAAUGUCUUCUCUGCUUCUCUCUUGUCCGGAUGCUGUUGCAGACUCAGGGAAAAUUAUUUCAUUUCUAAAAAUGAAGUGCCAAGGGCAUAAGCCUCCCUGGAAGCUAUGCCCUCUUAUUUUGUCAGCCUUACAGCUUAGUAUCAGAUGUGUAGAAUUUGGCUGUGAUUAUUAAAAGGCAAGGAGUUCUGUAGGUGUUAGAGGCCUUCUGAACUCUGACUCUGUAAGCCCUAAAGGGGAAGUAGAAGGAGAAAAGAGUUCUGAAUGUGGGGCGCAAGUGUGUGCAAACGGAAGAUGGGGGGUAGGGUGGAAUUACACUGGGAGAAGUAGGUAGAAAACCUGAAAGGAUUUAAUCUGCAUCCCUAAUGUCUGUACAUUUUAAUAGUCCCCCUCAAAAAACAUUCCCUUAUAUGGUUGCUGACUUCUGCCUUAAAGUAUUCCACUAUUUCCAUACAUUCAUACGAUUAGUGGAGCAGAAUGCAACACUUUCAGAACCUAGCUAGCUAACUGCUAGGUUUCUAGUCCUCAGCAAUGUAAAGACAGGCCCAAAAGUGAAAUCUUGGAAGCUCAGAGAGGCGUGAAAGAGGGUUGAAUGGGAUCUCCAGUUAGGGUGGGACUUAAGCGCUCUGAAUCGUGCAGACUUGCAGGAUUCUGUGUAAUUUUGUUCAUGUAGCAAAGGAUACACUUAGUAAUGUCUUAAUGCUUCCAAUUAGAAGUUUAAACAUUCCAUUUCUGGGCUGCAAUUGUGAAGGAAUAGCAUAUGACAAAGAUGUAGAAAGACAAAUCCAGCAAAGGAAAGGGUAGCUUUGACUUCUUAGAUUUCUUUCUCUAGUCCCUGCUGUUCUAACCCUAUGAUGGUUUUUUGGGAGGAAAGGUGUCUUAUUCACCAGAAAUCAGUCACUACAAGAGUAAAAAGCUGGAAAUUUCAAAAGUAAAUAAUACUAUCACAGAGACAGAUGAGCAUUUGUAGAAACCACUGUAGUUCAGUCAAUAGUUACAACUUGCUUCAAUUUUCAUCCCAUUAAUCUGUAAUUAAUAGAUAAGCAUCUUCAACUCUAGAGAAAGAAGGGGGGGGACCUUGUCUGUACCUAUCAAAACAACAUUUUUCUACUGGUAAUUUGUUUAGCUGCAACAACAACAAAUUCUUGAUGUGGUUUUAUUUUUUGCUCUUUUCCUGAAGCCUGGCUGCAAUAUUGAUGAGUAACUCAGAGUGCAUGGCAGCCAUGUUCAUAGAACAGCAAUACGCAAUUGGUUUAAAUAGGGCAUUUAAAUGCUCUUUCUUUGCCAAACAUCAGCCCCAAGCAGUCCAACAGUAAUGUUCUCUUGAAAAAUGGAUUUUUCGAGUUUAAUUAACUCCUUGAACUCUGCUCUUUCACUUGUCACUUUCAAAAUCUCAGCUAGAGUGGAAGUAAGAUAAUCAAGACCAGGGCUAGAAUAGAACAGUAUUUGAAAGUUGCAAGAUAGAUGGAUAAUGGAUUUGGAAGACCCUUUGUGGAGCCUCCAUAUGAGAAGGAGCUUUGUGUGCUCUGCACUUAAAGUCCCAGUCUUAACAACAAAAAAGGAAACUUGAGAUCCUCUGGAAGCUAAAUCCUCCCUUAUACCAACUUAUCCAUUUGCACGAAGUGCAUGCAACCUGGCAUAUAACAUUCCUCUUCUCCAUUUAGGUUCGGUUUGCUCUUCACUACCAGUUCUCUUUGUCUCUUGCAACUUCAUGUCAUGCCAAUAUUUAUUUCUUACCCUCAAGCAUCGUAGCUCCAACAUUGCCUUUUCAAAAAUGCACUGCAUCACCAUCCCACCCAUGGAAGAGGUUAAUGUAUGUACAGAUCAACAUUUCAAAAAGUAGCCUGGAAAAAAAUGAAAGUCUCCCAUUCAAGCCAGAGACUUCAGCAGGAUCUCUCCUCUGCAUUAUGUUAAAAAGAAAUAGUUUAAAACUCUCUAGGUUCUUUCCUAGUUGUUUUUUAAGUCACCUUAAUUAGCAAACUAACCCUGUUGGGUUUAUCUAGGAAGUUUAUCUGAUUUCAGGGGAAAUGGGAAAUACAAAAAUCCCAUCAGGAUUCUGGAAUUGUAAUACUCCGAUUUCAUUGAAAUCUGUGUGACUUAAUGUGGUCUGUUUGGUAGUAUUGACCAUUCAGAACAAUCUGCACCAAAUCUCUUGUCCCUGUUCUAUUGAACACUUGGCCACAGUUGUCCCAGCUAAUCUGUCCUGUGGUGUUCAUGCUUCAGGCAAGAGACCAAGCAGGCAAGCUCUCUGAGGUGUAAGCCACAGGUGUGGAUAAGACAUAUGGUGCUGUUGACACUCAUGUUCAAGGCUAAAAUGCACAAGCAAUGUGUAGCAUGUCAGGCGCAUUCCAAAAUUUUGCAGAAAGGGAACUAGAAAUGCAGCAUUCCUGCAAUAGCAGAAACAAAGCCAUUGCAGUGGCUCACCAUUGAGGGGCAAUUCCAUGUACAGUUGGCUGGUCCCGUGUUCAUGUAUGUGAAAGAAUUGCACUGUGGGAAUAGAUGUUGCAGUUAGUUCUGUUCUGGGUAACCCCCCCCCCCCAAAAAAAAAGAAACACCCACAAAACGGCACUGGGGGAGGAAAAGUUCACUGCUUGCUCACUGGAGUGAAAAACUAUUGCAGUGCAACAAUGUUCAUGACAAAAGACGUUGUUCUUGUAUGUGAAGAGGAGCACCAUGUCCCAUGAAUGAAAAAAUGGCACAAGAGCAUCUAUGUGGAUAGAUGCCAUUAUGUGGAAGUAUGUAUUUGUGUGUGCAAAGACUGAAUGGAAGUAGUUCCAGACAAUUUAGGAGUUGUCUAUUUAUGCACCAGUUUUCCAACACAUUGUGAUCUGAUUUGCUUUGGCUUGAUCGGUGGGGUGCUUGUACAUGUGUGCCCUGCGUUUUGAGAAGGGGAUCAAGUUCAAUCGCCUUUUGCUUUUCCAGCUCAGUGAUUUGUAAAAUACCAGUAAUGCAUGCAAACAGGAAACUCUUAAAUAACCCAGAACAUUUUGAGCUUCAGGGGGAAAAACUUGAUUAUAGGUACAUAUGAAACAAACUCAUGUACAGUACACAUAAAAAUAGGUAUUUAUGCACUCUUGAGUCAUACUUUUUUUACAAAAUUGUUUUUAUGGAUUAAUUAAUAUACAUGUAAAACAUCCAGAAAUCACAUAAACUUGGGAAGCUUCAUUAAAAUAGACGUAUAAAACUAAAGCAAGUAAAUUAAAAGGAUAACAUCAAACAAUUAGAAUAAAACGAAUACAUAGAAAAGAUUUAUUAGUAGGCAAGACAAUGCAAAUACUAGUAAGCAUUUAAAAUGCAUAAAAUAGAUUUUUUAAUGUGAUCAUCAAAGCUUAAAAUGGGUUAUUUGAUACAUCCUUGUUUGACAGCAAGUUCAGUAAUAGUUGCAAUGUAUACAUGAAAAGCAUUUGCCGUGACUAUGCAGGGUUCCACAUGGCCUGACAUCUCCUCUAAAGGGGUCUUCACCCUUGUCAUGCAGCAUUCAUAUGCCGGUGAUCUAUGGACAUGCAAAUUGCACACAAAGUGGCUAGCACAUAGGUUAAAAGCCCUUUAAACAAGAUGUUGAGCCACAUCAAACCCUAUAUGGGUAAGUGCAGCCUGGGUCUUGUAUAAAUUAAUGCGUAUUCUUCUUAACCUAUGUAUUUUGAGCAUUACUCCUUGGUAAUAACUCCUUUGGAGCCAGUGGGUGUUCUUCAAAACCAGAAGUUGUUAUGCUUAUUAUAAGUGUACAUCAGCCAGAGCGAGAACCCUGAUAGUUUCUUUUCCUGUGAAGAAAUUUGGUUAUGCCAAGGUGUAUAACUUUCAGGUUAUUCCCCACGUUGUCUUCUUCCUGCCCUCUACUCACAGUGCUGGUUUCCCUAUUACAUGAGCUACAUGGUGCCCACCAAGAAAUGCUUCAACACAGUGAGAGGACAUACAGAACUUUGCAGGGGGAGUCCAUUGGUAAGUAUCUAAACCCCACCUCCAUGGAGUUGUUUCCCAACAGCCUCCAUGUAACUUGACAUGUACUGCCCACAGAGAAAAGUUUAACCUGCUUUGGGAUUCCUUUUUAUAUAAUUUUCAAAUCUUUUCCAAUUAUUUGGUUCUGUUGGAAAAGGAAACAAAAAUACUGUAAUCUUUUAAGGUAAUAGGCAGAACUUUGCCAGAUGUGGGGUUGAUGUACAGAAUUUUGAGGAGCAAGUGCUGUUCCAAGCUCAAAAGAAUGCAUAGGCCUCUCUGGAAGUUGAUUAUAAAAUACGGAAUGAAGACACUCAUCCUGAUUCAGCAAAGAUGACCAUAUGCAGAAACAGAUGAUGCAAAAUACUAGUGGGGGAAGAAAGCCUGUAUACAGCAAUCUGAUAAGGCAUGCCAGAUAAGCACUUCUUGUCUUGCAUAUUCAUGUCCAUGUGCAGCAGGCCUGUAUUAUUGAGCCAUAGGUGUACAGUGUGCACUGCCUCUUGUGAAUACUACCUUCUUGAAAUCUGAUUAACCUUUCAGCCACAGCUACAUCCAAUUGGAUUUUCCCCCAUUAACUUUUAUUUUCAUUGUCAUCUGUGAGUUUUGAUAUAAUUACCCAAUUACACAUCUCAUCAACCCAACCCUCUGUCUUAUAUUGACCUCUCUGAUGCUCCUAGGUUCUGAUCCCGCAAUCAAUCUUCCCUCUUCCAUUCCACCUUCUGAAAUGAGACACCUGGUUUGAUUUUGCUGAAUGUACCAGCUCUGUUGAACUUUAGUAGAUGUGGUUUUUUAAGUAAAAAAUAAUUUAAAAGAAAAAUCUUGUUCUUUACAAUUCUUACAGUACUGAUGUCUUUUUUUUUUAAAGAAAGAAAAGUGUUAUAGGGUGGGGAACAGUUUGUACUGUAAGAAAGUGGAACUGAGUGCAUUUUUGCACUGUUAACACAAUGUGAUAUUCCAUAUAGUUCUUGUGAAAAAAGGAAUCAUUUUUUCUAAUAUUUAAACUGUUUUUUGUAGGUUUAAAAAAAACAUUAAAAUGCCAAAAAAAUAAAAAAUGUACCCAAUUUCUGUUUCUACUACUAAAUGGGACUUGGAAAGCUAAGGAUCCCUUGUUUUCCUUAGAAGUUUUUGCUAUUUGCAUCAACUUGGUUAGGGUUUCAGCCUCAAGUCUGAAUAUACAUUAAACUGUGGAUCUUCUCCCUCCCCCCCUUUUUUUCCUUUUGUAUAAUAAAGUGCAAACUAAA